AUGAGUGAUCCCAAAUUUAUCCAAUUGAAUGACUGCAAGGCUUCUGGAGAGGCAUCACCCGAAAUACCCCAGCGUCAUGAUAUGCCAGCUACUGAUAUACCGAAUAAUCUCAGGUGGGGAAACUUGCAAAAUCUUCUGCCUGAUAUUCAUCUUGCUCGGCUACUCUUCGAACAUUAUGUUCAGACUUCAGACUGUCUGCACCGCGAGAUCCAUGUUCCUUCCACGCGCGCCCUCCUGGAGGCUACUUAUAAUGAACUAUCGGGAUCAAUCAAAGGGUUAGAUGAAACGAUCGCCUUCUUCCUAUGCAUCUUCGCGUCCAGUGCAUUUUAUGUCUGCCAUUCACACUCUCACUCAAUUUCUGACCAACUGAAGGAUGCGUCGAAGUGGCACAAUGCAUGGAAGGAGGCAGUCAUAUUGGCACUAUUGCAGCCAGAUGCAAUACGCUCGUCGUCACUAGUAUCUCUGCAGACAAUAUCGAUUAUGACAUAUUUAAUAUGGGAUACCGAAGGCCAAUCAUCCAUGUUUCAUGCCCUAAGAAGUAUCGCACAUACGAAGGCGAUUCAAAUGAAGAUCCAUCGCCUCGACGCGCAUCCUCCAACGGAAAAUGACGACGUUAUUGUAACGGAACUCAAGCGCCGUCUCUGGUGGCAUCUUGCGUCUACUGACUGGCUUGUUGCCAGUGUCCCGGGAAGCCAGGAGGGAACAUAUAGCAUCAACCCAAAGCUCAUGGCGGUCAAAUAUCCCCUCAACAUAGACGAUACCGAUAUUCGUGCAGGCGGACCACUCCCAAAUUCUCUACCCGAGGACCAGCCAACAUCAAUGUCAUUUUUCCUGCAACGUAUUAAGCUUGCUGAGCUAUGUCGAGAUAUGAUAGAUUCUAUGCAAAACGCCCAUCAACGAACAGAUACACCAGAUCACGAGCACCUCCGCCGGGUUGUCGCAUGGUUUAACUCAUUCGAAGAAAACCUGCCAUGGUUCUUCCAAAUGGAUGAAGAAAGUAUAAGUAAAACAACAGUAUUGGCUGCCCGCCGCCCCUAUAUUCUCCGGCAAAGGCAUGUGUUAUUGUUGGGGCUAUACUCACGACUUGGCCGUCUGCUAAGGCCUCUUCUUCUUCGAGGAGACAGCCAUCCAUCGUGCUCUGAUUUGGACGCUCUUGGAAUAAGCUGCGCCGAGAAGUUAUUGAAUAUUCGUCAUAGAGUCGAGCCGGAAGAUCUUUGCCCUUACUUCCAUUCACACAGUAUAGACCAGCACUCGUUUGGUGCCCUGCUUCUCUUAACCAUUGAUAUUAUGCGGGAUAACGAUGAGCCUCGUGCACAAAACAGAAGGAAGAACUUGAUUCGCGCAUGCGAAAUGCUGAGAGGAAAGCAGAGAUCCUUGGAAAAGCCUACAAACAGUAUGACCCGAGCGCUCGACCAAUUGAUAGAUAUCAUUCAGAAACCAUGUCUAUCCUUCCAGCGAGAAUUUGUGGAUGUGAAUGGUAACCAUUCUUGUCCAACGUUGCCUUCAACACCACAUGAUAGUAUCGAGCUUCCGACACAACCCGUCUUAUCUGAAGAGACCGGGAUCCCAGGAAGUCAAACAGCGACUACUGGGAAAGCAGAUGGCCCAGAGGAACAUGCCCAUAUGCCUUUUACGUCGGCGGAUAACUUUCCGUGUGCUCCUGAGCAUCCAGCCAACAGCCUUGCGGGCCAAGAUAUCGCCGAGUUAUGGGAGGAACUGCUGAAUAGUUUUCCUAGCCCGCCAGGGUUCACCUGGGAAGAGGCAUUUGACUGGAAGUGGCCUUGA